CAUCGGACGCUAGGGGAUCAAGACGCGCGCCACCUCGCCUCUAUGUGUCUGUAGAUCUUUCGUGUUUUUUCCCAGUCAGGGGGUCGUGGAGGGUGGACUUUUUUUUUUCUCAUUUUAUUGUCUGAUGACUGUUUACGCGGCGGGUUGCUGAGUUGUUUACGGUUCCUGGCCGCCGCGGGUUCUUCCUUCCCCCUUUUUUUUUCUUUUUUGGAAACGGCGUCCGACCCCCCUCGCGCCCACCAAUGUCCUAUCCUCAGGGUUACCUCUACCAGCCCCCGGGCUCUUUGGCUCUUUACUCGUGUCCGGCUUACGGAGCCUCGGCUCUGGCCGCUCCGCGCAGCGAGGACUUGGCUCGGUCCUCCUCCGGCUCAGCCUUCAGCCCUUACCCGGGAUCGGCCGCUUUCUCCGCCGCGGCUGGCACAGGCUUCUCCAGUCCGCUGUCAUACUCGGCGGAUCCCACCACAGGAUUCCCAUCCUACAUGAGCUCUCCGUAUGACGCGCACUCCGCGGGCAUGGCCGGCGCUCUGAGCUACCACCCCUACGGGGGCCCGGGGUACCCCUACCAACUCAACGACCCGGCGUACCGCAAGAACGCCACUAGGGACGCCACGGCCACGCUGAAGGCCUGGCUGCAGGAGCACCGCAAGAACCCGUACCCCACCAAGGGCGAGAAGAUCAUGCUGGCCAUCAUCACCAAGAUGACCCUGACGCAGGUCUCCACCUGGUUCGCCAACGCCAGGAGGAGGCUGAAGAAGGAGAACAAGAUGACCUGGGCGCCGAGGAACAAGAGCGAGGACGAGGAUGAGGACGAUGGGGACGCAGAGAGGAAGGAGGUGGAGCGAUCGGACAAGAAUCUGGACCAUAGCGAGGCUUCGGCUGAGGAUGAAGGUAUCAGCUUGCACGUGGACACGCUGACGGACCACUCGUGCUCGGCGGAGUCGGACGGAGAGAAGGUCAGCUGUCGGCCCGGGGACGCGCUCUCCGCUCGGGCCGCAGACAAAGAGGACCGCGAGGAGGCCAGCCACGACUUCCAGCUGUCGCCCAAGCCCGUCACCUCCUCGCCUCUGACGGGCGUGGAGGCUCCGCUCCUCGGCAACCACCACCAUCAUCACCACUUCCACCUUCACCACCUGCAGCACCGGGACGGCCUCAUCGGCGCCAACAAGAACUCGCCUCAGAACCCCAAACCCAAACUGUGGUCCCUGGCGGAGAUCGCUACCUCAGGCCAGAAGCAGCAAGUGGGGCGGCCCAGCCCCUCCUCCGGCGGCGGCGGCGGCGGCCUCCUCACGCCCCCCUCCUCCACCACCGCCGCCGCCGCCGCCUCCCCGGCUGCCACCUCGCCCCCCCUCUACCCCUCCAUCCUCGGAAGACCUAUUUAUUACACGUCGCCCUUUUAUAGCAAUUACACAAACUAUGGCAGCCUGGGCCCCCUGCAGGGCCAGGGGAUCCUGCGGUACUCGCCCUCAUCCGGGGUGAGUCUUGCCGCGGCCGCCGCCGCCGCCGCCGCUGCGAACGAAGGUGCGGAGGGCGCCGCAGACCCCAAACACUGCAGGCCAGAGUCUCCGCUCCUGAAGACCGACCCGCAGCACAGCGAGCCGCGUUUCAGAGGCGCGGAUGCAGAGGCCAAGAAAGGAACAUAGUGGCGCCGCCGAGGACUCUGUGUUCAACCUCUGUUGACAGAAAGACACGCACAAACUCCAGCAGGACGCGCGUCCACACCGGAAGUGAAUUGCUUUGAAAAGCGCUGCAGCUGUGGAAAAGGUUGCAGGUUCGACUCUCAUUUGCGAAAGUGUUGAUUAUUUAUUUACCAACCCUCCGAAGCACUUGGCUCAACAGGCCUGAACUCAACCCUCAUGUCCAUUUGACCUUGAUCUUAUACCUGGACAGACAGGGACGCACGUGCUAGUGUCAUAAGUCGCGCUCACACAGUGAGGUCAAACGAUUCCUGCUUCCGCUAUGAUAUCGAAUUAUUUUUAUUUACAUGUUAACCAUGUCUAAUUGCAACGGUCCUCGCGCUCAGCUUUUGUCUUAAUUACACCGACGUCACGCCGACAAAGUCUGCGCACGCGCACGACUGGAAAAACAAACUUUUGUUUAACGGCAUCCUUGCGCUCAUUUUUAAAUCCGUCUCGCUUCCCGAGUUUCUGAUUUAUUUCCACGGUCUGCAGGUAGGUGUCACAAUUGCUGUGGCGCGCGGACACCCCUCGGAUUUAACCCCAAUGACCUUUCACACACAUCCAGUGCCAGCACAUUGAGACAGAAAUGAAGAGCUGCCGCCGCUCCACCUUCUCUCUCUCUCUCGCUCUCACACACACACUCCGAUCGCUUGUUUUAACCAUGGUACAUGUGACUAAACAUGUUAUUUCUCAGGUUCACGGGUUCGUUUGUUCGCCACCUUUUGUUGUUUAAGUACUGAAUCAACUGACAAUUGGACCUUGCUGUGAAACCGUCAGAGUUGUGCUGAUGACGUCGGGACUGUGAGGUGAACUUCAAAGUGGAAUAGCCUAUAUUUACAUUUAUUUUUUUAAAUGACGGCGAGAUUAUGCCUCUGAUUUAUGCAAGUUGUAUUGCAAAAAUAUUGGGAAACUGGCAUCUGAUGUCUGUUUGUUUUUGUAAAUAUAUAUAUAUAUAUAUAUACAUAUUUAAAUAAAUAUAAGGACAGUUUUUAUUUGAGACCCAUUUGGGGAAGGUACACAAUCUUUUUUGGAUAAUUUAUAUCUUUGGAUGUAAAUAAAAGGCCAGAGUAGCUGUGCUGGUGGGGUAUGAUAUCCAUUAUCAGAAAACAAAAAAGCAUUAAAGUGUUUUCUCAACUGUUGCGCCAAUCUCAGAAGUGUUAUUCUGCUAAGUGGCGGUGAUCUGAAGGCCCUCCAUCCUCCGCACAUUCUCACUGCCUUGAUGUGAACGUCAACCGUCCUCCCCUCCUCUCAUCCCAGCCAUUUAUAUUUCAGUGUGAUGGGACGCACGGGCCAUGAUGGGGUUCCCGGUGGGACCCGUCCCCGGAGCUUUCUUAGCCUGGUUCAGGAUGGGUCAGGCCUGCCUGCUUCAUUACAGCGCAGCGCUGAGCCAUCCAUAAAAGUCUAUCUAAGCAUCUGCCGGCUCCAAUGGGCUGUGUGAUGGGCCCUAAUCGGACAGGCUUUCCUCUGCUUUUCAUCAUGGCUGGCUCAUUGCUGCGCCUUUGCGCCACAGCUAAUUACACUAUUUAGGGGGUCGCUACAUUACUAUGCUCCAUUUGAAUGAUUGUUAUUAAUAUUAUCACUCGUACCAGAAGUGAUUGUGAGGUGAUUUGAGUCACCACAUAUGAGGAGUCUUCUUGAUAAUAAUAGUGUCAUCUUCACACUUUUAACUCCAUUUGAGACUCAAAUUCUGAUAUGUCCAUCCAGUUAAUGUUCUACGGAGCGAGUCCCACGUGUCGCUUUUUGUUGUGGUGACGAUGAGUGUGUGCAUUAAGGGUGAAUCGGACUUAAAGAUGGCUGCUCCAGCCAUUCAUCCCCAUGAUUUAACGGGAGAUUCUGGCUUCACUAAGGACUGCAGUGGAGUUUAACGUUGGAGAUACUGACAGUGUUGUGUAAACCCAUCUGCAGUUCAACAGUUUCAGUUGAACAGGAGUUUCCCUUCAUCUUUAUGAUGUCAUCAUCAUCCAGGCACAUGGCUAAUGUGAGAAAAACUCCAGUUCAAACGGCGUCCUGGCCGUCUUUCGACACCCUUCAUCAUCGCUCGGAGCCAGUGGAAGAGCUAAUCCUUCAUUUUCCACUUGGAUUUGAGCCUGAGUGUCCAAAUCUCACGGGACUCCCUUUCACCUUGGUGAUUCCCUCAUCACCCCCCUUUGCCAUCCACCAGUCAGGGACUAAUAUUUGGUCGCCACCCAGGAGAGUAUAGCUAUUUUUAGAGCACUGUCUUAUUUAACACGUCGUUACGCCUCCGUUUUUCUUUUUAUCCGACGUCGGUGGGCGCAGGCUCGCGGGCGCCCAAGGCCAGAAUCCCCCUUCACUCCCAAUGCUUUCAUUGGCAGUUGAUUUAUUGAAAUGCGUGCUUUAUUCUCAGGUGGGCUCCCACAGGGACUCAGACUGCUGUCAAACAGCACCAGAGGCAUUUUCCAAAGUGCCCCUGCUUCUGAGCCCCCCCCCACUCGCACCAGCCGCUGCUCCCACCAAAUGUCAACAUUUGUUCUUAAUAAAAGGAGUUAUUGUUUCGGUG